AUGUAUAUAGACCAAUUAAAUAGAAAUGGUAUCAAAAUAAAACUGUUUCUUUUAAAAAUUUGCUUAAUUUAUAUAGCCAAUAUAGCACACCCGGAUCUUUUGUAACCAAGAAUUGUUGUUUUAUAUCCGACCAAACCAAUAUAUAUGAGACCGAUAAAUCACUCAACUUACCCAAUUGUAGAGAUUGGGGCAAAUUCACAAAAUUUGAUUAUCACCUCGCACUGACACAAAAAUUUAUGUGGAAUUGUAAACUUAUUAUUUGCAGCAAUUCUACGCUAUAAGGUUUACAAAUUAGUACCAGACUGUAUGGAUGGCAGUGUCUUUUUAUACAUGGUUUUCAGAGAGGUGAUAGUUUUGAACUUUUACUUCACUUUCUUCAGAUUUGAUUCGAAGUAAAGUUGCCAAAUAUCAGAAGGUAAAACUUAUGAAAAUUGGCUAAUUACCUUAGUAUCUAAGUUGCAAAACAAAAAAAGAAAGAGGAACAAUUUCGCAGUUAACAAUGAGAACUUCAAUAAGGAAGCUCAUAACCCCUCAAUUGAAGCACCUUCAGCAAACCACACCUUCUGCUAGCUUGGUCAUGACCCCUGCGCUUGAAGCCACCUUCCCCUCCCCAUUACCAACACUUUCGUUAACAUCAUCAACCACCCAGUCCCAGCUCUUAGCCUUCCUGAAAAUCAACCUUAAAUCUCCAAUCACUCCAGAGACUCUGCUCCAGUUCCUCAAGAAUAAGCUGCAUUAUCACCCAAAAUUCACCCACCUUGACUUCUAUAUCUUCCAGUGGGCUAGUACCAUUGAUUCUUAUCGACAUGACCACCAUACUUACGAGUGGAUGAUCAAAACCCUUGCUGUUACUGAUCGUUUUGAUGCCCUUAGAGUAGUUUUGCUUGAUAUUAUGCCCUCUAAUCCAUGCCCAUGCUCUGAUGGGAUCUUUUGUUGCCCAAGGAUUGAACCAAUAUUUAGAUUUGCCAUCAAUUCUUACUGCAGAGUUGGUAGAUUGGAUGAUGCCUUGUUUCUUUUUGAUACGAUGCGGAAAUUGAUUGAUGGAAGACCUAGUAUUGCUGUCUAUAACAUUUUGAUUCAUGGGUUUGUUAAGAAUGGCCAACAUGAUAAGGCGUUGCCCUUGUACGAUCAGCUUAUUCUGGAUAGAGUUAGCCCUGAUGUAUUUACUUUCAACAUAUUGAUUAGUAGCUAUUGUAAGAGUUCACGUUUUGGUUUGGCUUUGGAACUGUUCAAGGAAAUGAGGGCUAAGAACUGUGAGCCUAAUGUAGUUACAUUUAAUACUCUAAUAAAAGGGUUCUUUAAGGAGAGAAAAUUUGAGGAAGGGAUUGCCAUGGCAUAUGAGAUGAUCGAGCUUGGGUGUCAAAUUUCAAGCGUAACUUGUGAGAUUUUGGUGAAUGGACUUUGCAAGGUAGGGAGAUCGUUAAGGGCAUAUGAUUUGUUGAUUGAUUUCUCAAGGAAAGGAGUUUUGCCCGAUGAUCUUGAUUGUUCCGACCUUGUGGAGAAGCUUUGUUGUGAUUCAAAUACUAGUCGAGCAUUAGAGAUUGUGGAGGAAAUGUGGAAGACAAGGAAAGGCCCCGGCAUCGUUGUUUGUAUUACUUUGGUUGAAGGUUUGCGGAAAGAUGGAAACAUAGACGAUGCAUUGAGGUUAGUAGAUAGGAUGCUAAACGCGGGCCUUCUGUUGGAUAUUGUGACGUUUAAUUGUCUUCUUCAAGAUGCUUGUCAUUCGAGAAGAACUGCUGAAGCUGAUAGAUUAAGGUUGUUGGCUUCCAGAAAAGGUUUGGAUGCGGAUAUUGUGACCUACAAUAUAUUAGUAUCUGGUUACGCUAGGGAAGGUAAAACUAAAGAAGGUGAGCACCUAAUUGAGGAGAUGCUAGACAAAGACUAUAUUGCUGAUAUUGCCUCCUACAACAGCUUGAUAGACGGACUGCAAAGUCGCAGAAACUUUGCUUGUCCAGGGAAGAUUUUCGGACAAAGAUAAUCAGGAAGUGCAUCGCCAGCGUCUUUACCUAUAUCCGUUGUCUAUCCUGGUUGUACUAGUCUCAAAAAUGAGAUCUGCCCAUCAGGUAUUCUGGGGAGGUAGCCAUGGAUUUUAAUGUAUGAUGGUUCUUUUUCCACAUCUUCAUAAGUGGAGUUUCGAAAACGAUGGCUCCGCUGUGAACAGUAUGUUAAAGCGAGCAUGGCGGUGAUAGAGACAGAAAGAGAAUCGGGUAAUUAUAUCUAUUUAUGUUUUCUCUAUUUGCUCAAGCCUUCAUUUGACUUUACCUUAAAAUCUCCCACUCAAACGCUGAUGAUGAUAACUUGAAAAGAAUUCGUGAAGCUCCCAAUUUAGUGUUGGUGAUUUUAGAGUAUAUAACAUAUCCUGCCUCCUAGGCCUCAACCAUCAGCUUAAGCUUUUGGCUGAGUUGGUUUCUUGACAUGGUAUCAGAAGCCAACGUGACAAGAGGUCACAGGUUCGAAUCUCAACCACCCCUCGUUUAAAGUGGAAUAUUUAGCGUCAGGUAUGAGGACCUAUGCUGCAUCCACACUUCUAUCCCAAAGGGCUUUCGUGUGAGGGGUGUGUUAGAGUAUAUAACAUAUCCUGGGGUCUCAACCAUUAGCUUAAGCGUUGAGUUGGUUCGUUACAGGUGACAUGCAGAGACGCCACUUCUAUUUGCCUUUUUACUGGUAAAUUUUUCUGAUUCUAUUCUAAAUCUUUUUGCAAUGAGAAUGGUUUUCUUUCGUGCUUUUCCCCUUUAUUGUCUCCACUCUAGCCAUUCGGGUUUCUAACUCGCCACUAUAAGGCUUUCGAGUGGUGCAAGUGGGGGAUUCUUUGGUAAAUGAGUAAGAGUCAAUUGUAGUUGUGAAGCACUACAGCAUCCUCUGGACUGUGCCUUAAGUUUCUCUAAAUAUUGCUGGGGAUCAGCACGGAAGUCUGAAAUGGAACUACCUGUACCGGAAUAUGCUAGCAGGCGAGCAUCAACUAUGUUGCCGUGUUUUCUCAUGGCUCAUCCGAGUUUAUCCAAAUACUUUCUCCUACGGUGAAGUUAUUGGUGCUAAAUUGAUGGUGUUUUGUAGAUUUGUUUAUACCAUGGUGAAGUUGAUGUAUCUAUCUCUAUUCCUUGUUAAACUUUAUUGCUGUGUUUUCAAUGUCUUUAAUCUUAAGUACUUCACUGUUAUGCUUAACAACCAUGAUUCUGUAACUUUUUGUAGGCAAUUAAGACUCAAUGGUCUCUCUUAUAAUUUAUUUAUAAAUUUAUUAUCUCCCUAUCUUAACUAUA